AUGACAUCGACAUCGCCAUCUCCGUUACCCUCACCCAACAGCACCGCUCAUCAACCCGCAACAACCACAUCAGCAAAACCAGACUUGGAAUUCAACACCCAUGCCCUCCUCCCGCGCAUCCUCACCGACCUUGUUGCGGCUAGCGUCGCGGGCGCCCUCGUCGCUCCCGUCAUUACCGCGAUUGAUAGGGCCAUUAUUGAGAAUGCGAGUGGGAGGCGUGGCCUAAAGGAGAGCUUGAGGGCGAGUGUGGGAGAGAUGGUGGGCGUGCCAGGACGGUUCUUUGGGGGGAGGGCGUUUGGGCUUGUCUUUCUCCUCUACACCGGCACCUACUUGACGGCCAACCUCGUUGAUACGGCCUCCUCGACCUUUUCCCCCUCCACCACCCCAUCCAUCUCCAGCACCACCGCGGGGCCCGCCAAGUUCGCGGCCACCAGCUCCGCAAACCUAGCCCUAUGCCUCUACAAAGACAACCGCUUCACGCAAAUGUUCGGAGCCGCCUCCCCAUCCUCGACCCCCACCUCCUCACGCACUGCCGCCGGAAUGACAAAGGCAGCAACGGCAGUAGCGAGGCCAAGAGUCCCGCUACCGACAUUCACCCUCUUCACCAUCCGCGACUGCCUCACCAUUUUCGCCUCCUUCAACUUGCCUCCGCUCCUGGCGCCGCAUAUCUCGCCGCACCUCUCGUCGACGUUCCAGUCGUACAUGUCUGCCUCGAGCGUCGCGCAAUUCGUAACCCCGGCUGCCGUUCAGAUCGUUUCGACGCCGCUGCACCUGCUGGGGUUGGAUCUGUUCAACCGGCGCGAGGCGAGGCCCGCGGAGAGAGCGAGCAGGGUGCUGAGGGAUUGGGGGGUGAGUUGCGUGGCGAGGAUGGGCAGGAUCGUGCCGGCUUUUGGGGUCGGGGGUGUGGUGAAUGCGAAGGUGAGGGGCGAGGGGAUGGGGUUGGUUGAGCGGAUGGGUUGAUGAGUAUGGGGAGGAGGGAGGCAACUUGAAGAUAUACGCCGUCCCGCAUUUCUUUGGGAUGGGCUGGGCCGGCUUGUUGUACUCUACGGUAUGGUUGUGCUUUCCUGGUCGUAUGGCGUUAGGGGUUGAUGCAAUGUCCACGUCCUAGGUCUUGAAUAUGGAUGAGGUCGGGUAUCGGCAUUUACCAGAUCAUGGUUCAUUCAAUAUAGGCCUCGCAACUCACUCGCAACUAGAAACGGCGCCGAAGGUAGACACUAGUAGGGCUGGUCUUGGUGCUCUUACAGCGGACCAUGCACUUUAUAAUUGAGCCAAUCACAGUUCAUGCUUGACCAAUGGUUUGGAGGAAUACCAUGUAUGAUCUGGCCUCAGCGAUAGACCUUCAUCGAGUAUACACGAGAAUACAAUGCAUUGCCC